AUCCACUCGGCAUCCAUUGUCAAUUUGACUGAUUGAUUGAUGAUUAUGUCUUCAAGGUGAUUGCUUGACUUCCUGUAAAUCAUGCCUUAUCAUCUGUCAAUCACUGAGCUGAUCAAUUUGAAGAAUAAACUCAUUGUGUACAGUCCUCAGCAAACUGGAGUCUGUGUGAAAGGGUACUCGGCAAUGCCGGGACACUCUCUUUUCCUGCCCUCUGUGGGUUAUUUUUUGUCAUUUUUUACAACCUUAAUCUUAGCCCGUGUUUUUUAUUUUUACAAACUAUCUACAAGGUCUCAAUUGUACUCAUUUAGGGUCUGGGAAGGUCUCGAAAGAACCCAAAUACCCAAUGAUAACUGGGGUGCCUGCCCCCAUAGGUACGUCUCAGACCUUCUGGAGCCCCAGGGCUUUAAGGGCUAAGUCUGUAUUGGGGCCCUUUGGGACUUUUUGGGGUAAGAUAGUCCUCUUUGGAUACUUUGGGACCUUUGGGUAUAUUAUUCAUUUUCUGAGUCCAUAGACUAUCUUGGAUACAAGUAUAUAGACCCCAAUCCUUUUUGUGCCACUUGAAAAAGUAAGUCCUAGCCCCAUUUUAUAAGUGCUUCAAACAUUCUGAGAAACUCCACUUCUCCUUACCCUACGCCAAAACAGAGGUCCAAUUUAACCUAUUUAAGCCCUGGGUGGGGCCGAGAAGGUCUCAAAAGAACCCUCGGGGCCCAUGAUUGUUACGGUUGUGAGGGAUGUCUUGUCUUGGUUUUUUGUCUUGUGAAUUUCAUGUUUUAGUUUGAAAAGUAACUCUCCUCUCGUUUCAGGUCACUUGCCCUUCCUUUUGUGUCAUCAGUCUGACGUCAUCCCUGAUCCGUGAUUGUUUCCACCUGUUCCCCAUUACCCCCAUGUGUCUUAUAAGCCCACGCCUCACUUUGUUCUGUGCCAGAAUGUCGCGUUAUUUCAUGUCUCUCUAGCUUCAUGCCCAAGCCUUGUCUCAUGUAUCCUGAUCCUGAAUUCCCUUGUUGGUAUUUUGAGUUUUCCUUUUCUCCUCCUCAGCAGAGUGAUUUUUGGUUAUUUAGUUUUGCAGCCAAAGUGAAUGAUUCCAAAAGAGAUCCGCCCUUUGCCACACCCCCAAACUCUUUGGGUACAUCAUCCCUGAUGUUUUGGAGAAACUGGAUGAAGGCGUGGUCUCUCCUGUUGUGUUGCUUCCUGAUGGGCGGGGCCUGGGCGGGUCUGCAGGACAUUGUCCAGAAAAGUUCUGAGCGCCGGAAAGUCUCCCUCCUGAACCCCGAGCUGGAGGGUCGCCAGCCCGUCCAGAGCGCCGGCGCCGCCGCUUCGGGUCCCGCCACCCCGGCCGACCUGGAGCAGCGGGACGACCUGCCUUCCUCCUUCAUUUUCGGCGACAACGUCAACCUGGAGUGGCGCCCGUGGAACGGCUCGCUGCCCAACGGCGCCGUGGCGAUCUACAACGGCUACAGCGAGCGCACCGACUACGUGUGCCAGUACAAGUGCGAGUCCGGCUUCUACAACGCCGCCCUGGGACCCUACUGCCGCUACCCCUACGGAGACCGCGAGUACUAUGCCCCCGAGUUCCAGAUUCUGACCAACAGAGACAACUUUGAGUUCUUGGAGUGGAAAGAGGGUUCUUACGGGUCCGUGCCCCAACACUCGGUCAGAACCUGCCUGGGGGCGGGCAUCUACGUGGGCAAGAACAAGUACGGCCUGGGCAAGGUGGUCCCCCAGUUCGAGGCCUUCUUCCUGCCGUGGGAGGGCGAGGAGUACUGGUACAAGAAGUACCAGGUCUUGACCAUCAACCGGGACGCCUACCAGCAGCACAUCUCUGACGUGGACUACGACCUGGACCAGGUGGCCAUCUUCCAGUACCCACCCGAGACCAUGCGCAUCUCCGGGAUCACCAACAACGAGUGUCAGGCGGUGCAGAAGACCGUCACCAUCUCCAAGACCACGGAGACGGAGACCACCUGGAGCAUCGGCCGGGCCACCAUGCUGGGCGUCGCCGGCAGCAUCACCGCCAAAAUCCCGCUCAUCGGCUCCGGCGGCUUGGAGCUGAGCGGCGAGAAGACGCUGCAGUUCUCGCGAGGGACCACGGCGGUGGAGGCGCUCAGCCACUCCGUGUCCGUGGAGCUCCGCGUGGCCCCCAACCACUCCUGCAGGGUGCGCAUGGAGGGCCGCAGGGUCAAGGCCGACAUCCCGUACACGGCGCGCCUCAGCCGCACGUACCGCAACGGAGACACCCAGUGGACGUCCAUCUCAGGAACGUACGACGGCGUCCAGAUUGGAGAGGUGCGCGCUGUGGUGGACCGCUGUGAGCCCGUCGCCAACGCCAAGCCGUGCCCGUGAACUCUGUUUGCUGAGUUGUCAAUAAAAA